GAACCCCUGGCCUUUGGCGCUCUCUUUUUCCGGCAUUCCGCGUUGGCGCCAUGCCGGCCCCCGAGAUGCGACCAUCGGAGUAUGAGAACAUCUUGCGUCAGGAGCUCACGAAGCUUCAGGAGGUGCUGUUGAAACAGCACCAGUUGGAAGUGGCGCGAAAAGUGGAUCUCACGUUUUGCCUGGCUAAGGAUGACCCACGAGGACUUGAUGCUCGAGGCAGCAUAGAUGAUGAAGAUGUUGGUAUUCGGAUGGUUCCCAUGGAAUACCACACAGCCACUUUCGACGACCAACAAUGUGAGACGGAGUUUGAGAGUGGCUAUGCCAAGUGCAUGCAAUGGCAGAAGUUCACCUUGCGGUUGCUCUAUGGUGAGGCUGAUAGCCAGCGGGCCCAGCUGGCGCUUGAAGAGGACCGUUUCGUGGAUGAGGAAGAUCUGCAGUUGCGACCUGCAUGGAACAUCUCAUGGCAGGAAGCCUCAAAGACACAUCGUAGUCGCAACCUGAUGGGCUCUGUGCGUAAGACCCACAGCCUGAAGAUGAACGAGUACCUCUGGGAAGACACCUGCCUGGGGCGCUUGGUCCUGCCGCCACGCAGCAAGCCGCAGAUGUUGUGGACCUUGCUGGGAUCUCUCUUCAUCCUAUGGGACUUGAUCACCAUCCCCCUGGAGUUUUUCCAGCUUUCGGACCAAGUUGGUAUCUUCACCGUCAUGGGUCGGAUAACCAUGGGAUUUUGGAUGCUCGAUAUGCCGAUGAACCUGUUCUUUGGCGUUGAAACACAGGGGAAGACGGAGAUGCGCAUCCUGCCCUUGGCGAGGAUCUAUUUCCGUUCCUACUUCUUCUUGGACCUUGCGGUGGUUUCCAUUGACGUGGCACUGCUGAUGGUGGAAUUCUUCGGGGAGGAAACCAGCGACGGCUUUCGCUCUGCUCGCUUCCUCCGCACGAUGCGUUUGCUGCGGCUGCUGCGGUUGCUUCGUGCUGUGAAGCUUCAGCAGGAGUUGACUCUCCUGGCCAACCGUUUUCUGUCGGUUCAUGUCUUCAUGGUGGCAAAGGUGGUGAUGGGCCUCAUCAUGAUGCUCUUAGUGAACCACAUUAUCGCCUGUUUGUGGUAUGGAAUGGGAUCCUGGAGCGAUCCGGGGGGGUGGUCGUCAGCUUAA